UACUUCUUCCUUUGCUCACCGCGCGGCAGCAGUGCGGGCGAUUCCGACAGUUCGGGCUGCUCUUCGUGGGAGCUGGUCGAGCUGGAGUGCUACGACGAGGGGCAGGGGCCGGACCUGCCGGUAAGUGCGCUGCAGAGCGCCGACGAGACGGCUCGCUUCGGGUGCUGGCCGUUCGGUCUCCUGGUGUGGUCGCUCUUCUCCUUGGUGAGUGAUCCUAUCGUGGAGCAGGAUUCAGCGGACGAGGUCGAGGGUCUCGAGCUACAGAUGCCAGUGGAGCCAUGGUCUCGCCGCUUCUACCGCCAGAGUGCGACCGACGGUGUGGAGGUGCAGUUGGUGCGCCGCAAAAGUGGCAAUGUGUGGGCCGUCAUCGGUCCGGACUUGACGUUGGGCCUGAUUUGUAUCACGGCGAAGACGUCCAUCUUCGCGGACCCUGUGGCGGGGAUUCGGCGGCGGCCGAUGCCACCUCUUUCUGCAGCCCAGAGGGACGCCUACGUCAGCCAGGCGACGGAGGGACUGAAGGCGUCGACGGUGCCGACUUGGCCGCUGUAUCGCCCCGGCAAGGGUGGUCAGCAGGCGAUCGCGGUGAACGUCCUGUAUGCCGUUUUCAGCUCGGGGGCUUCGUCACUCAAGACGCUGAGGUGGUCUUUGAGGAGUCCCAAGCGUUUCCUGGGUGUGCUGGCCGCGUUGUUCGUAUUGUACGAGCUGCUGGUCUUGCUGGGCGUGAUCGAGUAUAUGAAGGAGGUCUGGGUGUACACGAUCAGCUACCUGGUCACGGCCAAGGAUGCGUUCGUGGAGAGCUCGGAGGUCGUCCAGGAGUGGGCCACCUACUUGUGGGAGUGGAAGGAGUGGACCCAGAAGCUGAUGCCUCUUCAGCGUUGGUUUGCGAUGUUCUUGUCCCUGAUCCUUCUGACCAUUUGGGCGGCUCACGAGUGGUCGGACAGCGUGGAGUAUGGAGAGUCCUCGAUUGGGUCAUCAAGCGCUUCGAGUGUGGAUGUGCCCGUCGCUGCUACUGCUUCGGUGCCACCGCCCUUGCCGCCGCCUGGCUAUCUUUCAAGCGGAGAGAGUGCCGCGCUGGCGAGCCAGCUGAACGAUCUCGCGGAGUCCCAGAAGGCCAUGAUGGAGGAGAUCAGCGAGAUCAGGACCGCCGAGAGGACGAGGGAGUUACGUCGGGAUGUACUCGAAGCUUCUCUGGACUCGUGUGGUCGUGCGGACGCCGAGGCCAACAAGCAGGUGAUCGAGGGCAUGAUUGCGCGGCUGGACCAGUUCGAGGCUCGUCUGAAGGGCGAGGCGCCUGCGGAGGCCGGAGCUGGCGAGCAUGGUGCUGCUAUCGAGGGGGCGAGUUCUUCGGCUUCGGCAGUCGCCGUGCCCGGGUCGCCCACGAAGAGUGCACCCACGGCGUUGAUGGAGACGCCCGAGAAGCGAGCUGCCACUUCGCAGCCGGAGGCCGUCGAGCUGGCCAUCAAGCGGAUGCGCUUCAAGGCUCAGCUGCCGCAGCAGGUGUUCAUGGAGCAGCUGGACGAGUACAGGGAGAUCGAGCCCGAGGAGUGGAACGGCCGCAUGCCCGAGGGCUACGGCCAGAUAUCGGCCGAGGUGCUGUCGGAGAUCUACUCGUCGGGCAAGACGGCCGAGGCCUGGGCGCGGGACUUCAUCAGGGACCGCGGCCUGAGCGACUGCAACACGGCUCGGGAGAUGAUCGCGGCCUUCGCCGCGGUGGACACGAUGCUGAUGACAGAUCGUCAGAGGGGACUCCUCAACCUGGUGAGCUUCGAGCGGUUGGUGCGAAAGGGCUACGCCAUUGUGAGGGCUUACCGCAACGUGAACAGCCGCGACGACUGGAGCCGCCCCAAGGAUGCCAAGAACUGGAAGUCGAAGGUGGACUGGGAGGCGGCACGUCGCUUGGACCCCCAGCUCGCCGACGAGAGCACUAUUCGGGUGAUGAGCGCCGAGGAAGAGAUGAAGAAGGCCAUGGGUCGCGACGCGCAGCUGACGAAGGCGCGCUCCGACCUGGACGGGGGCGCGGCGGUGCUGUCCGCUCGCCCGGAGCGCCCCGCUUCGACUUCUCGUCGGGCGCUGUCGCGCUGGAAGGAGGAGAUGGAGCUGGCGGAGACGGCGAAUCGUUCUCUCUUGGCUUUGCGUCAGCUCUACCGCGGGAGUCUGGACGACAGUCUACUGGGCCUGGCCGACUGCUGGGGCCAGGGGGUCGCGCCCGACAACUUGGACGGGGUGGACGAGGUCGGGCUCUUCUGCGCCGUGAAGAAGGCGGAGCUGGUGGGGAGCGAGCCCGGGGUGACCCGGAGGCUGGUGUUCGACCAGAGGCGCUCCAACAUGCGAUGGCGGUCUCCCCCGUGGUGUGCCAUGGGCGGCGCCAGUGCGAUGUCGUUUCUGGACGUGUCCGAGGAGAUGAAGGAGGAUGGCGUGACCAUGUGCUUCGGCACGGGCGACCUCCCCGACUUCUACUUCACGCUGGAGCUGCGGGAGGAGCUGGCGCCGUACUUCGUGCUGCCCGGCGUGUCUGGGGAUGCGGUGGACGCUCUGCUUCCCGAAGGUUCGUCUCUGCCUGGGAGUGGGCCCUACGUCGGGGUGAAGGUUGCGCUGAUGGGCUUCUCCUGGGCGUGCUGGAUGGCGCAGACGACCAUGGAGUACAUCGACGAUUUCGGCAUCAUGGGCCUGGACUUCCCGACGCGACCUGGCCAGGAGGCGGCGACGACGGUGGAGGAGAUCUGGCUCGGUGCCAAGGAGUUGGUGGUGUCCGCGGGUUUCAAGGUGCACAAGGAUACUUGUGCGGCGGACGCCCGUAUGAUCGGUGGCGAUCUUCGGGGAACUCGCCUGGCGCCGAACCAGGACAAGAUGUGGUUGACGGUCUUCGGCAUACGGGAGAUCCUGAUCCACAAGUGGGAACUACCCGAUACCGUCGCACGGAUCGUCGGCAUCCUGUUCUGGGGCUUCCUGAUCUGCCGCGGUGCGUUGAGCGUCUUCGCGGUGCCACGGGAAGUGCUGAGGGAGUUGGCUGCGGCUGCGGCUUUGGCGCCUCUGAUCUCGGUGGACCUCUCGACGCCCUGGGACCCGAUGGCGAUGAUGUUCGACGCGGGCCUCUACGGUGGCGCGCUCAUCUCUACGGUGGCAACGGUGGAGGAGCAGACGGACGAGCUGGUGUUGCCGGAGAAGGUGGCUUCGAGGAUCGAGGCCCUGGCGGAUUUGGCGGAGGUGGACCCCUUCCAGCCGCUCAGGAUGGGCGUCUCGAUCCCGGUGAAGGUGCUGCGCUUCGCCCACCUCUGCAGCGGCCACACGCGCAUCGGGGACCUGGAGGACUGGCUGCUCAGGAUCGCGGGGUCGCGAGGCUACCUGAUGAUCUGCACCAGCGUGGACAUCGGCCCCGGGGCGGAGUUCGACCUGACGGACGAGGUCAACGUGCGGAGGCCCUUCAUGCUCUACCUGGUCGCGGGUUCGCUUCCAGCCUGGAGGCCCCCCCCGCUACGCCUGCGAGAUCAGCUGCGGGGUCGGCCGGGUCUUCGAGGGGACGACGCGAAGAAGGUGAAGCUUGGGAACGCGCAGUUGCUGAGCAGCUUGAGGAUCCUGAAGGCUAUCGGGCUCAAGGGAGGCUCGGUCUCCAUCGAGCAUCCUGCCGAUCCGGGUUGUCCGCCGUUCCCAUCGAUCUUCGUGACCAAGGAGCUUGUGGACUGGGAGGCCCGGGUGGGUGCCUACCGAGUGACCUUCCCGCAGUGCAUGCGGGGCUGCCCCGCGCUGAAGCUGACGACGCUCACGGGGACGGCCUUCGGGAUGCAGCGGUUUGUUCGCCCCUGCGUGCGCGAGAACCACUCGGCGAGCCUCUGCGGCAAGGACGAGAGCGGUCGCUGUUGGACGAGGGUGGCCCAGGCGUGCCCGUCCGACUUCUGCAGGAUGUUGGCGGAGUGCCACGUGGACGCAAUGCUGACCACGCACGAGAGACGGGAGGCCGACCUGACCGAGAGGGCCGUGGAGCAAUUGAUUUCAGAGACCCUGGAGCGCAGGCCGGUGCAAGAUUAUGUUGGCAUGAUGCAAGAUCUACAUGAUUGGGCGCAGCAGUGGUUCGGCGACCUCACGCAGCGGGCCACCGACGGCACCGAGUGGCAGGAGUGGUGCGUGGCUUUCCUGACGGACGUGCUUCUCAGCGGCCCCAAUCAGAAGCGACUCCGAGGGAGAGACAGCGGCUACAACAGGAACACUGGACGGAGCUGGAAGAUCUUCGUGCGAUGUUUCGGGUUCGACUUGGUGACCAGGCGCCUGACCAUCGACGAUCGCCUCGUCUCGGGGAGCCCGACGUGGAUGAUGAGCAGCCGUCGGCCGGGACCGCUUGCCGGUCCAGUUGCCCGCGGUGGUCCGUGCUCCUGGGUGCGCCCGCUGCUGCCCUUUCUAUCGGACGCCGUCGGUGAAGAGAGGCUACGGCGCCACGCUCAGCACCGCAAGAUGGGCAACACCCACCGCAGGAACGACGCGGAGGGCGCGCACCCACAGGGGGUGCCACGGCGGGAGAGAACCACCUAUGGGCUGGCAUUGCUGCCGUUCUCGGUCUCAACUAAGACGGCGCUGGGCUGCUACGUGCCCAACGUGCGCCGCUUCCUGAACUUCGCGCUGGAGGUGAACCUGCCGAUGAUGAGCCGAGAGGAGAUCGACGACUCCGUUCUUUGCUACUUGGACCGCCUGGUCGAGGAUGAGGAGGUGGGUCCGCAUCGAGGAGAUUUCGUUGUGCACGGGCUUGCCUACGUGUGGCCCGAGCUCUCGACGGGGCUGCCGAGGUCCAAUCGAGCUCUUCGAGCUUGGCAUCGACUUCACGUUGCGGGAGAAGGGGGGCCCCAGCCCCUCGAGCUCUGGGCCGUGCUGGACGAGGCCAUGAGGCUGGCCGGGAGCGUGGAGGCCGCCGACGCCGCCGAGGUCGCCCUGGACGCCUACCUCAGGUCCGCGGAGCUGUUCGCCUUGCGGGCGGCCGACAUCGUGGUCGACGUGGACGAGGCGGGCGAGCAGAUAGUAGCUCUACGACUCGGGGUGACCGAGCGUGGUGAGAGGACCAAGACGGGCGUGAGGCAGGGCGUGCUGAUCGACCGUCGGCAUGUGAGCGACAUGCUUGUGCGCAGGAAGUCCGAGCGAGACCCCUCGGACCGGGUCUUCAGCUGCUCGGUGGAUGCCUACCGCCGGGCGCUGAGGCGAGCCUGCGACGACGUCGGUGUCGAGCACUUCCCGCCCCAUGCUGCCAGGCACUCGGGGCCGAGCCACGACGCGGCGACGGGCUACAGGACGGCGUGGGCCAUCCAGCGGCGCGGGCGGUGGGCUUCAGAGAAGAGCGUGCUUAGGUAUAUGAAGACGCACGCCCUGGUGGCCGCCCGCGCCGCGCUCCCGCCAGACAUCCUGGAGCGCGG